AUGCUGUUCUACGUCACCGCGGUCGUGCUACUGGCCAGUGCUCAAGCCAAAUUUUACACGGAUUGUGGUUCAAAGUUGGCUACCAUCGAAAAGGUGGGAGUAAGCGGUUGCGCGGAGACAGCCAAGGAAUGUAUACUGAAGAGAAAUAGCAACGCUACAAUCAGCAUUGAUUUUACACCCUCGCUGGACGUGAAAAGUCUGGAGACUGAAGUGCACGGGGUGAUCAUGAACCUGCCAGUGCCCUUCCCGCUUCCGCAGCCCGACGCCUGCAAGAAUAAUGGACUCACCUGCCCACUGAAGGCCGGACAGAAAGCAAGCUACGCUGCCACGCUACCGGUUCUGAAAUCCUAUCCCAGGGUUAAAGUCGAUGUUAAGUGGGAGCUAAAGAAUGAUGACGGUGACCUCGUUUGCAUCUUGAUCCCCGCUAAGAUCAAC